GUUUCCUCCCCAAGUCCAAGUCUUUUUAAUAGUAGUUUGAAAGUUACAGACUGUGGAAAUAGGAAUCUUUGUUUUCUGUUUUCUUUUGUUUCUUCUUCUGAUCCCCCAUUUGGAGGAGGGAAAGGAAGGGAAAGGAAAGAGGAGGAGAGAUUAAAUGGAGAGCAUAGCAGCGUGGCAAGGGGUGGCUUUAUGUGGAAUUUUUUCUUGGAUUGUUAUAUCUACAUAUUUCAAUGUAACCAAAAAGAUUAGAUCUUUGCUACAACCUCGGGUGGCUCACCGUGUUGUAACAGGCACUUCUAUCAUCCUCAAGAUCCAGAAACAUCAGCAUAAACUCUGGGAUGGUCUCUUUUCUGUGUUGUCCUCUAUAGUUUCUGUGCCUUUUUACACUGCUUUCCUUCCUUUGCUUUUCUGGAGUGGGCAUGGAAAAUUGGCUAGGCAGAUGACAUUGUUGAUGGCUUUCUGUGAUUAUAUGGGCAACUGCAUAAAGGAUGUGGUGUCAGCUCCUAGACCCAGUUGCCCACCUGUUAGAAGGAUAACGGCCACAAAAGAUGAAGAAGAUAAUGCGCUGGAAUAUGGAUUGCCUUCUUCUCAUACUCUCAACACAGUAUGCUUAUCAGGAUACCUUUUAUACUAUGUUCUAUCCUCCGCACAGAGUAGAGAUGCUUGUGUGGAACUUGCUGCAGUUGCCUUUGCUGGCUUGCUUGUGGGCCUCAUUGGAGUUGGAAGGAUUUAUCUUGGCAUGCAUAGCUUGAUUGAUAUCAUUGGUGGACUUGCUGUUGGAUUGGUGAUUCUUGCGUUUUGGCUAACAGUCCAUGAAUAUGUGGAUGGUUUUAUUGUCUCAGGACAAAACGUUACAUCCUUUUGGGCUGCACUGAGCUUCCUCUUACUUUUUGCUUAUCCCACUCCCGAGCUUCCAACUCCAAGUUUUGAGUACCACACUGCCUUCAACGGUGUUGCAUUCGGAAUUGUUGCUGGGAUCCAGCAGACGUACCACCAGUUCCACCAUGAAGCAGUUCCGCGAAUAUUUACUUCGCAACUCACAAUCCCUGCGUUUUUGGGAAGAAUGCUUGUUGGGAUACCAACAAUCCUUAUUGUCAAGUUCUGUAGCAAGGCUCUUGCAAAAUGGAUCCUUCCUGUAGUAUCAAAUACAUUGGGUAUCCCUAUAAAAUCAACCAGCUACAUCCCAAUGCUUAAUGGUUCAGCUAUUGAGAAGAAGUCCAGUGAGAUUAAGCAAUCAAGUUACGUCCAAAAGAUGUUAUUUUUCUCUCGCCAAGAUUUAUUUGAUGUCGACACAGGUAUUAGAUUCCUUCAAUACGCAGGGCUAGCGUGGUCCGUGGUAGAUCUUGUUCCAUCUCUCUUCUCUUACCUGAGGUUGUGAUGCUUGUCCUUGGUACUACAUUAUUAGCACGUUUUAGGGGGAGGCAUGCUGCUAGUUUGUAAUUCACAUUUUUGUUUAGUGACUGAAUUGUCCAUUUUUUUAUAUGUUAAUGAAAUGAAAGAUCAUCUGCAAUUACAUAUA